UUCACAUGACCGUCAUUAUUUGAAACAACCAAUCAUAUCAAAUUAUAUAUAUCAUAAACAAUCUCAUUGCACGUGCACGUAUUAGCGUAUCGUUUGUUUUGAGAAGUAAAUAGGGGAGUGCUAAAUAUUUUGCUGUUUGUUUUGUAAAAGAUCAAAGAGAAUGAUUUGGCAAGGCAUUUAUAUUAUUGAAAUUUAGUCGCCCUACGUAUUUAUUCAAUUCAUUCAUCUUAAGAGAAUUCAAUUGAAAGUUGUAUUAAAUUUAACUUUCGUAUUCUAAUUAGAAGCGUUUGUUAGGUAUAGGAAAGAUAUAAAUUAAAGAGCUGCAAAAAAAAUGUCGACAUCUCGAUCUGAGAUUUUGCUUGCUGGUGAAUGCAUGUGUAAAAGUAAUGUAAAACCAGCCAAAGUCUCCAAGCGGUAUAGAAAAUCUCCUUACCCUAUGAUAUCUGUGCCAGAAGCAGUGGAAACCAUUCUUAAAGAAAGUUAUUUAUUGAGUGCAGAAUGGAAAUAUUUUAAAGAUUCCUUUGAUCAUAUAUUAGCAGAAACAGUAACUGCCACAGAAGCAUAUCCACCAUUCCGUGCAUCAAUUAAAGAUGGUUAUGCUGUUCUAGCUGGUGACACUUCUGAAGUAAGAAAAGUUAUUGGUACAGUCACUCCAGGAUGCCAGCUAGAUUUUGAUUUAAAACUUGGCUGUUGUGUGCGUGUAAGUACUGGUUCUGCUAUUCCAGAUAAAGCUGAUGCAGUCAUUCAGGUUGAAGAUACUUCUGUUGUGGAGGAGGAUGAAGAGGGCAAUGAAAUAAGCAUCAAAAUAGAAAAAAUUGUAGAAAAACAUCAGGAUAUUAGGCCUAUAGGUAGUGAUGUAUCAAAAGAUGAAAUUUUGAUACCUGAAGGUCAUAAAAUUUCAGCUGCUGAAAUUGGAGUCCUGGCAACAUGUGGAAUCCUCAAAGUUUUUGCUUAUCAAAAGCCAAUGGUGGCUCUGUUAUCUACUGGAGAUGAAGUAUUGGAACCUGGUACUCCACUGAGACCUGGUUGCAUCAGAGACAGCAACAAAAGCAGUCUCCAAUAUAUGUUGUAUGAAAAUGGAAUAUCUACUUUUGAUGCUGGAAUUGCGAGAGAUUUUGCUGAUGAUAUCAAGACAAAAUUGAUAUCUGCAUUUAGAGCUGCAGAUAUAAUUGUUACAACUGGAAGUGUAUCAAUGGGAGAAAAGGAUAUUCUCAAACAAGUAUUGGAAAUAGAUUUUGAUGCUGUAGUUCAUUUUGGUAGAGUUCAUAUGAAACCAGGAAAACCAACAACAUUUUCAACUGCAUAUUUUGAGGAUAAAGAAAAGCUAAUAUUUAGUCUUCCUGGGAAUCCAGUUUCAGCAUUAGUUUGUUUCUAUCUAUUUGUAAUUCCAUGUAUAAAAAAAUUAAUGGGUUUCAAAGAACCAAGACAUGCUACUAUAAAAGUAGAACUUGUACAUGACAUUUCUUUGGAUGAGCGACCAGAAUUUUACCGAGUCUUUCUCAAGUACAAUGAUAAUGGCAUAUUCUUAGCACACAGUACAGGUGGCCAACAGAGCAGCCGUCUUUUGAGCUUACAGCAGGCAGAUGCAUUGCUGGUCCUUCCUCCCAAGUCACCUCAGUUUUCCCUCUUGAAAGCUGGAUCGAAAGUGGAUGCCAUUCUUAUAAAAAGGAUUUAAUUAUUAUAACUGUUCAGUAAUGAAAAUAAAUAUUGAUUCUGUUAGCAUUGUCGCUAUAAGCAGGGAAUUCUAUUAUAGAGUAAACAGAAUGAUAAUGUAAAAGGUGUUAAGGGAAAUUUAAGUAUUAAAUUUAAUUUUUAGUUUAAAUUGUAAUUGAACUCAUUGUUCUUUAUAUACCCUAGAAUUAGUUUAUUCUAAUUAAAUAUUUCAUAAUUUUUUUUUUUAAGAAUUGCCUGUGAAGAGCUUUGAAAUUUUCCAACCUUACUAUACUUCUAAGAAAAAAAAUUAUAUUCUUCUUGAUUUAUAAUCUAGAUUCAAGUUGUGCAAUUGAACUAGGCAUUUCAUACCAGUGAAUAAUUUGGUCUAAGUAAGUUUUAAGGAAUUUUUUAAUCUGUAAUUAGUGGAAUCUGGUAAGCUGUUGAUUAAUUCCAUUAUUUUAUCACUGCAAUCCAUCAUUAAUACUUUUAUUUUCAUUGUUAAAUUAUUUGUAUUUGACUUUUAAAAACUAGUGAGUAUUGUUCUUAUUUUUCUGUUAUUAAUUUAUGUUUUAUGGGAAUUUCUUUAAAAAUUGAAUUAUCAUAUUUGAGGAAAACAUCAUGGUUGAAUUUUAGUGUUAUUUUUGUCUGAUAAUUAGCCAAAGCUUUAAUAAUUGACAAAUGCCAUAAAGUAUCCCUAAUAAGUAUAAAUUAAUUAAUUUUUAAAAUAAGUGAAGGAAAAGGAACAACAUUAGACUAAGUAAAAUUAGUUAUCUAUGUAUUUAAAAAAAAAUUCACACACUUCUUCAUAUUGUCUCAUGUUUGAGAAAAGAAGCAUUCCUCAAACAAAUUUUAAAGAUUAUAAGAAAUGUUGUGUACAGUAAAAAAAAUUAUUAUGGAAUGCAUUUCUUUAACUUCAAAUCCAAUUUGCACCAAAGGGUGAAAAAAAUAUUUUUGAGUGAAACUAACAUGCACAUCAUUUGUAUAUUAAUCAUCUAUAAUUUAAUUGUUAAAGUUUGCUUUGGCUUGCUAAUUUUUAUAAUAGCCAUUAUAAUUGCUUUAUUUUGUAUUGUCUUAUUUAAUCUCUCUUGGAAUUAUUCGAGUUGCUGUAGUUUCUGGAUGCCUUGACUUUGGGGACCCCAUCUCAUGGAUUUGAGAUCUGAUUUCAUUGAAAAGCCGCAGGUCAGGUAUAUGUCAAAUGUGCUAGAGUGAAAUAUCCUUCUUAUAUUGUGAUAGAAUAUCUUGGAGAGGUUAAUAACAAUUCAGAUGUUGUCCUUUUCAUUUAGCUGUAUUUCAAAAUUAUUAAAUCCAUCAAAAAAAUGGGUUUUGUAUAACUUUAAAAUGAUAUUUUUAUCUAAAUAAACUAGCUAAAUUCACAAUUAUUCUAUCAUCUUUUAUUUAAAACUCAGUCUGCAUUAUAUUUCUUCUUCUUUAGGAAAAAAUCUAUCUAAAGAACAUUUUGGAUAAUGCUCAAUGUACUUCAUUUUCAAUAUUGCAUAUUUUUACAAUUUCUGCAAUAUUAGUUUUUAUAAAUGAGUUUCAAUUCUAACUUUUUUUAUGUUAUUCUGUGUGUGCAUUCAUGCGUCAUACCUAUCAAAAUCAAUUUGUUUUGGAGUUAUAUUUAGAAAAAAAAUUUCUUGAUGCAAUCUUGUACUGCAUUUUUUUCCCCAUUAAAAAAUCUUUAAUUUUUAAUUUAAGUUUUUUUUUUUUUAAUCCAUUAUUAUUUUUCUUGUGUUUAGUGAAAUUUGUAUGUAAAGAAACUUCUGGGUAUCUUAUGAAUAUAAAAAAAUGGGUGAGCUAAUAGAAUAUAUUCUUUUAAAAUAUUUAGUUUAGAUCUCUAUUUUAUAUUUAUUAUAUAAAUUUUCCAUGAAUUGGAAUGUAGAAUUCAUUUCAAAAGAGAUUUUAAAAAUGGCAUUUAUAUAACUAGGCAUGCAUAACUUCUGCUUAAUACAUUUAGUUCACUCUAAUAUUGUUGUUGUAGAAGUCUUCUUAAUAGAAAUGGUGUUGACUUGAUUUGGUGUACUAAUGACAGAAAUAAUUCUUUUAAUAACGAAUCAUUCUUGUUAUCAGAAGAUUAAGAAGAUCUGCCCCACAAUAAGCAUUUCUAAAUAAGAUUUUUUUUU